AGCGCAUUUUAUCAUUAUUAAUUAAGACUUCCCAUUCAAUGAUAAUCAUUUCCAAUACAACUUGAACCUUUUUAUAAUUUUAACCCAAACAGUUUAAACACAUCAAAUUAUUUUGUUUUGUUGAUUUUUGUUGAAAAUCUUGAAAUACUUGGAGGCCAAUCAAGAUGGACAAAAGGGAACAUUGGAGAGGAAUUAUGGAAUGGAGCUACGAAGGUUUACCUUUGUCAUCACCUUCAAAUCAGGCCUGUAAGAUGUAUGACGCAGCUUUAACACAGAUUGUCGGUUUCUAUGAUGAUCCACUUCUCAAUGGAUUGGAAGGAACAUUCAAUUCAAUGUUUGAUUCUGAUCCCGAUUUUGUUUUGGGUCGCUGUCUCCAAAUCAAUUUAAUGAUAUUGUCAACUUUUCACUCACCCCGUGAUAGUGCAAUUUUGAAAGCUAAUAUUGAUAUUUUAUCCUCAUUAAAUGCGUCAAGUAAGCACUUGACUCCUCGAGAGAAAGAUCAUGUUGAAGCAACACUUCUCCUUGCAAGUGGUGAUUUUAUCGCAGCUACUGAUAAAUGGGAGAAAAUAUUGCUUACAUUUCCAACCGAUCUACAUGCUUUGAAAACUCUGUACGACAUUUAUUUGGACGGUGGAUCAUUUACUGGUAGACAUUUAAGAGAUACAGUGGCUCGAGUUUUGCCUUUUUGGCAGUCUUCGGAUAUUCCAUUGAAAGGCUAUUUACAUGGACUACUCGGUUUUGGGUUCUGUGAAACAAAUAUCUUCGGAAAAGCAGAGCAUCAUGCUUUAAAGGCUUUAGAGUUGAAUCCAUCUGAUGGCUGGGCAACUCAUGCUUUGACUCAUGUCUAUGAAAUGACGGUUCAAACCGAUAAAGGAAUUGAGUUUUUGGAGAAAACAGAAAAAGAUUGGAAAAUUUGUAAUACAAUUGUUGGUCAUAAUUAUUGGCAUAAAGCUCUGUUACACAUUGAAAAUAAUAACUAUGAGCAGGCAGUUGACAUUCUAGACAAUGUUUUGAUUCAUAGGAUUGAAAAUUCACCGCAUAGCCUUGAUUUAGCAGACAUUUGCUCGUUAUUGACUCGAUUGAAUCUUACGGCUCCUUGUGGUAGCACUUAUAAUAAGCAAUGGACUUCGGCUUAUCAGUCUGUUUCUCCUCAUUUAAAUAAGCGAAUAAGUGCCUUCCAAGAUGCUCAUUAUUUACUAGCAUGUUGUAAUAGUGGAAACGAAUCAAUGGCUCAAACGAUCCUGGAAUCCCUUGAAGAGAUGGACUAUUUUGCACCAAUCAACAAGAAUAUGGUUAAAUCUCUAGCUUCAGCUAUCAUCAGUUAUCAUAGAGAUAAGUUUGGUGAUGCAGUUGAAUUAUUGUUGCCAAUCAGAUAUGAUCUUGUGAAUCUUGGUGGCAGUGAAGCUCAACGGGAUCUGUUUAAUCAAAUCCUUAUAGUUGCCGCUAUUAAAUCGGGAUCAGAAGAGCACCGAAAAUUAGCUGAACAUUUAUUACUUGAGCGAGAAAGUCUUCGACCAAACAGUAAAUUAACUGCAAGUCUUUUACAAAAAUUGAAUAAAAGCAAUUGAAAUAAUCAA